CUUAAGCUUUUCAUUUUUUAAUUUCACUUAUUUUUUAUUUAUUAUUUAAAUUGACUUAUACGUUUUGUUUUUGUUGACGAUCAAAAAAGCAGUGUUUUCAUAGUUAAAACAGGUUGAUAUUUCGUUAUUGUUAUAUUUUUAACUUGUAAACGAAAGGGAGAAACAUUUUUAACAAAGUUUUUGAUUUUCUCUCGUCAUUUUUUUUUUUUUAACGGCGGAGGCCGAACACAUUUUUAUCCAUAUCGACACACAUCUGCCCUUUGCCUUUCUUGGACAUAUAAACAAAAAAAAACUCAAAUUCAAGGUAUUAACUUUCGAAAAAAGAAAACUUCUCGUCCCCACUGUAAAUGUUCUAAAGGAUGGUCGUAUGCGGAAUGGAGAAUUUCUGCGAUGUGAAAGUUGGAAGUAGGAUUCAAGUUGGAGAUCAAAGAGGCACUGUUCUUUUUGUAGGUCCAGUUCCUCCUACAAAGGGUCUCUGGCUGGGCAUUGACUGGGACGACCCACGCCGUGGCAAGCAUGAUGGCGUUUAUGACGGAGUACGAUAUUUCCAGGCAAGAUACAGCACGUCUGGGUCUUUAAUCAGGCAGGAGAAAGUCCAACAAGGUCAGACUAUAAUUCAGGCCAUCGAGGAGAGGUAUGGGGGGCCUGAGCAAAUAAUGGCCACUGAGGAGAAAGAGUCAAUACAGAGGGCCUUUAAUGCACCUUUGUUUGAGAUGGUCGGCUUUGAAAAACUCUCCAGUGAAAACUAUGAGACCCUUACUAUAAUUGGGGUGAGGGAGCACCGAGUUAACUCGGCCGGGGAGCCUGGAGAACUUGCCAAGCUCUGCCCGCUAGUCGUUGAGUUAGAUCUGUCGAGGAAUCUAAUAAAUUCAUGGCAGGGGAUUAGUGAAAUCACGUCACAACUGCCUUAUCUCAAAUUUAUGGAUGUUAGUGAAAACAGGCUGUUUUAUAAUGGAUUGAACUUGCACAAACUGAAGUCUUCAUUUCCCAGCCUCAAAUACCUAGUCUUGAGCCGGAUGGAGUAUACUUGGGAUGAUAUUUUAAACUGUGCUGUGAUGUGGCCUCAGAUUGAAAAAUUACAAGUUUCGUUCAACAGGAUCACCACAUUAAAGGCUCCUCCUCCCGAUAUUUUCCAUGGUCUGAAACUGCUUAAUGUCGAAGGGAACAACAUAAUCCAUUGGGAGAAUCUUGCCCAGUUGGGCUACUUACCUAGUUUGGAAUGUCUCAAUGCUUGCAACACAGGCCUUAUUAGUAUAUCUAUAGAUGAUAGAUGUAAAACAUUCCCAUCUUUGAAAUACAUUCUCCUGUCUGGAAACUUCAUAAAAGAGUGGGGCAGUAUCAGUGAACUGGACAAAUUGCCAGCUCUAGAAGAACUCAGAUUUAGGGAUAAUCCUGUACUUGAAGGCAUUCAGCGGGAGACAGCUAGGCAAAUUCUUAUUGCAAGAAUAUCCAAAUUGAAGAUUUUGAACACUCAAGAAAUACCACUGGAUGAGAGAAAAGGUGCUGAAUACGAUUACAUCAAGAACAAUGGGCGGACAUGGCUCGAGACGACUCAGGAUCCGGAAGGCAGGAAAGCAUUCCUUGCUUUACAUCCUCGAUACGAAGAGCUUAUAAAAAAAUACGGAGAUAUUGAGGAAUCAGAAAUAGCAGUCAAGUCUACAGCGUUGAAAAGUAGGCUGAUAGAAGUGAAAUUGCAAUCAGACGAGUGCUUGCUUAUAAAGAGGCUCCCACCUGACAUGUCGAUUCAGAAGCUUGUCACACUUGCACAAAGACUGUUUUCAACCGGAUCUGUUGAACUAAAAUUGACACUUCAUAGCGCAAAGAAUUCAGAAUUGAAAAUCCCUCUGGAUAAUGAUAUUAAGCAACUAAGCUAUUACUCUGUUGAGGAAGGAGACAUAAUAACGGUUGAAUGGUAGAUAAGAAAACAAAUUGCCAAUACGGGCUACAUUACUCAACAUACUGUGAUCUCACAUUGUUAUAAGGAACAAAAUAUAUAAUAAUUGUUAAUAAUAAUAA